GACACAGAGAGAGAGAGAGAGAGAGAGAGAGAGAGAGAGAGAGAGAGAGAGAGAGAGAGAGAGAGAGAGAGAGAGAGAGAGAGAUUUGCAGGAUGUCGAGGCUGCAGCGAUCGUUGUUCGAGUUCUUCAACAAGGGGAACGGAGAUCGGGUAGUCGGCGAGAAUGGGCGUGACAACGAGGUGCCGCGCCAGUCGUCAUCAAGCAACGGAGGUGGCAGCGAAGAGAGUUGUCAUUCCACACGGCAUGCGCAGGCAGCAGCUGGGACAGGCAGCAGCGCUCCGUUGGUGGGAGGCACUGUCGACCAAAGGCCGACAUCCGUCCGGUCGGGAAUCGCCGGUCGGCCGCUCAUGGAGCGUUUGCGGGGAGAUGGAAACGGGGUGGGGGUGGGGAAGAACGUUCCAGGACUGCUAGACAGGACUGGAUUCUCGAGCAGCAGCGGCAGACAAUCUAUGUCCGAUUUGCGUGAUGAGAAGUUUGGCUCCCCUUUGCCAAAUUGCCCUCGCAUGGCAGAUGCGACAGCAGGGGGGGCAACUCGAUCAACACCGGCGAAGUUGGCGCUACACGGCGGCGAUCGCGGUCGGGAUCGCGGUGGCGAUGACGUGGCGCCAUUACAGAGAUUGCCGGCCCUCUCGUCGCCCCGAUCAGUAUCUCGAAAUGUGUCUACUACGAACUCGAGCGCUUCCCAAGGGCGUCUGGAGAAUAGACAGGAAGAGCGGGGGACGUGGGAGGAGGGAGAGGGAUGGGAUAGCUCAGAGUCCAAGGGAGGAAAGAGGAGCCGUGCGAAGUUUCGCGUUCCCUACGCUGACGGAGAAGCAAGAGGAGGUGGUCUUGGAAGAGCACCCAGUGCGCCUCCCUUGUCGCCGCCUUCGAAGCUUCUGCAUCCCUCCGCACCAGGUCCACUGGUCACCGGCGCCCGCAGCAGCGCCAUGACGGGUGCUGAUGCGGGUAUCUUGGCGGACAGGGCGUGUAAUAGCUUGGGGAUUGCUCAUGCAUUUGCCUCUGAGGGAGAGGGGAGAGCAAAUCUUAGCAGUCUGAAGAAGAGGACCACGCCGUUUGGUAGUGGGAUCGGGAUUCUGCCUCCGGAUGCCAAGCGGUCGAGAGGGGAAAGUGUGAUCAUAACGAAUGCGGUGAGUUGUGCAGAGGAUACCUGCUGCCUUUCGGUUGAGGGUCAUCAAGAUGCUCGUGGAUAUGGAGGGCAAGAGAGAGAUGGGGAUCACACAUAUGGAGGCCAAGAGAGAGAUGGGAAUCACAGCUAUGGAGGGCAAGAAAGAGAAGGGGAUUACAAUUGCGUUUCCGCGGUCAGGGGAGCUGUGGAACGUGGGGAUUACAAUCGCGUUUCCGCGGUCAGGGGAUCUGUGGACCGCACAGGGCGGGAAUCGUCAACGGGCGGAAGAGGGGGCAUGAGUUGCUCUAGAGCUGGCGAAGACUGCGCAAGAGGAGGUGGUGGAGUGUUGGGAGGCGGAGGAGGAAGAGGAGGAGGAAGAGGAGGACGAGGAGGAGGAAUAGGAGGAGGAAGAGGAGGGGGAAGAGGAGGGGGAAGAGGAGGGGGAAGAGGAGGAGGUCAGGAGAAAGGAGAGUGGAAACGAAAAGAAAAUAAUGAUUGGAGGGAAGACGACAUGGCACUUGGAGACGAUCGAAAUGAAGCCGCCAUAGGAAGCGGUGGAGUGUUGGGAGGGGGAAGAGGAGGAAAACGAAAAGAAUAUCAUGAUUGGAGGGAAGAUAACAUGUCACUUGGAGACGAUCGAGAUGAAGCAGAAGAGCGUCUUGCAAACAGAAGGAGAAGGAUCUCCUUCAGUCAUGCCGAUGCUACUUUCGAUCCACUUUCCAAACCUGGUUGGCAUUGUGCUUCACAGGUUUUUGCUUCCCAGGGGUUAGUGGAUGGGUGCCAUGUUGCCCUUCUCAAGAGAAGUGGAAAUAGCAAUGGCCCCGUGUCAGCGGAAAGGUUGGCAGCUAUGGCAGAAAAGAGGAAGAAGUUCUGGGAUGCUGGCGAUCCGAGCGAGAAACCAAUGGACGAAGUAAGGAAGAGGUUUCAAUUCUUAGACCCGAAGGAGAUGAGGGACGCCAAGGGAAGAAAACCCAGUGAACCCUUUUAUAAUCGCAGAACGCUCACUAUUCCCCCUGACUUGUUGCGAAAUAUGUCCAAGUCCCAGCGGCAGUAUUGGGAAAUCAAGAACCAGUUGGCAAAAGAGGCCAACAUCAAUAUGCACAACUUCCUUUCGCUUAGCAAGGUGACCCUAGACCUGGAAGCAAAGAUAGGGCAUGGACAGGCACCCACUACGGAAGGGAGAAAGAAGACAUUGCCUCCCAACUGGAAGGCGAAGGGUCGCUUAAUGUUUGUCGACAAUGAUGGUUCAACCAUCGAGUUGGACGGCAAUCUCCAGGAGGGAGUAGGUGCAAAGGCAGGUGGCGAUACUUCAGAGGGUGGAGUCGACAAAGGGACCGGUAGACGCCCUAGGGGAUCCUGGUCGAAGAGUCAAACAGACCCCAAUGCUCCUCCAUGGGAGAAAGCGGGUCUAUCUGAGGACGUGUGGAGAGAUCGGUGGGCACGGCAAGCUUGUAUCAAGUGUGGCCAAUAUGGUCAUAGCAUGUACAAGUGUCGUAAUAGGAAGGUCACCGAGAAGAUCCCGCCCACUAUGGGGUCGACGCACGCUAUGAAUCGGAUAUUCCAUGACUACUUGGAUAAGUUUGUCAUCGUGUACCUCGAUGACAUACUUAUUUUCAGUAAGACUGUCGAGGAACAUGUGGCACAUUUGGACAGAGUCCUCGGCCUCCUGCGACAACACAAGUUCAAGAUCAAUGGGGAGAAGUGCGAGUUUGGCCGCACCUGUGUCUUGUACUUGGGUCAUGAGAUUUCUGCGGAGGGAUUGAAGCACGAUGACGCGAAGGUGGCCAGCAUUCGUGAUUGGCCACUUCCUCAGUCUGUGACUGAGAUGAGAUCUUUCUUAGGAAUGACAGGCUGCUAUAGGACUUUCGUUAAGAACUACAGCAUAGUGGCCGCCCCUUUGACUGAUCUGACCCGCCUUGAYACCCCUUGGGAGUGGACAGAUAAGUGCGAGGCUGCUUUCAGACAUYUAAAGCAUGCACUGACGCACUAUGAAGUCUUGAAACUUCCUGAUCCUGACAAGCCGUUUAUAGUCACAACGGAUGCCAGCCAAUAUGGCAUUGGCGCCGUGCUUGCGCAGCAGGAGGGGCCAAAGUUGAGGCCAGUAGAGUACAUGUCCAAGAAAAUGCCGUCUCAUAAGUUGGCUAAGUCCACUUAUGAGAAGGAACUCUAUGCGGUGUACAAGGCUCUCACCCAUUGGAGACACUAUCUCCUUGGGCGGUUCUUCAUCCUCCGGACUGAUCAUCAGACCGUGAGAUGGAUGAGAACACAACCGGUACUCUCUGAUGCUCUCAAGCGUUGGAUCGAAGUUAUUGAGCAAUAUGACUUUGACCCUCAGUAUCUCAAAGGGGAGUACAACAAGGUUGUUGAUGCCUUGUCGCGCAGACCGGACUUCUCAGGUGCGCUGAUUACUGAGUUCGAUCUGACGGACGAUGUUACUCAGUCUUUGGUGGAAGCCUAUUGUCAGGACCAGUUUAUGUUUGAGAUUAUACGCAGACUUGAGGCGAAGGAUAAGAAGACCUCCGCCGAGUUUGAGUUGGUCAAUGGAUUGCUGUUCCUAGAGAAGGCAGGGAAUAAACGCUUGUGUGUCCCAAAUAGCGAGUCUUUGCGUAGUUUGUUUUUAGGUGAGUGUCAUGAUGCCACCGGCCAUUUGGCCCACGAUGAUGAAAGAUGCACAGCUGUACGUGGAAACUUGUCAAGUAUGCCAAAGAGACAAGCCCCGUACUCAGGCUCCUCUUGGGCUGCUCAAGCCCCUUCCGAUUUCGGAAAGGCCGGGUGAAAGUUUGUCCAUGGACUUCAUGGAUACGCUGGUCACCAGCAAGAGUGGGAUGAGA